UGAUCAAAUGCAGCCCACAGGUUGAGGCCCCAACCCAAAAUAUCCGAGUUUGCAAGAUCCGCAAGGACGGAAGGUACACACAAACACAAAAACAGACGCUUAUCACAAACACAAACACAAACGAAACAGAUAAGACCAUUCCCACCUCCACCUCUCAAACCUUCCCUUCUUUCCUCUCCUAUCUCUCUCUCUCUCUCUCUCUCACACACACACACACACCAUGGCCAUGCUCUCACUCACCUCUCCCAAACCCACAAACCCCUUCUUACAAACCCACCACCAUCAUCUUCUCCAACACCACCGUCAUCGUCAUCACCAGAAGAUGAAAAGUCCUCGACCCAUCUCCGCCACCAAGAUCCCCUCCUCUCCGCCCCCGCCAUCGCCUCUUGGCGAGCUCUACCAGCCCUUCCGGCCGCCGCCCUCCCCACUCCCACAGAAGUACCGCUCCCUCGGCCCCGCCGAGCGCAUCGACAUCCUCCGCAACCGCCUGGGCCGCUGGCAUGAGUACGCCCCCCUCAUCACCGCCCUCGCCCACGAUGGCUUCACCCCACCCUCCAUCGAGGAGGUCACCGGCAUCUCGAGCGUCGAACAGAACCGCCUCAUCGUCGCCGCCCAGGUCCGCGACUCCCUCCUCUCCUCCUCCUUCGACCCCGACCUCAUCGCCUUCUUCGACGCCGGCGGCGGCGCUGAUCUCUUGUACGAGCUCCGCUUCCUCAACGCCGCCCAGCGCGCCGCCGCCGCCCACCGCGUCGUCGAGCAGCGCUUCGACCCAAAGGCUGCCCAGGAGCUGGCUCGGGCCGUCAAGGACUUCCCCCGCCGCCGCGGGGACGACGGCUGGACCUGCUUCUCCGCCGCCCACCCAGGCGACUGCCUAGCCUACACCCACUUCCGCCUCAGCCGAGAGGCGCUCUCGGCCGGCGACCGGAUCGCGGCUCUCGAGCGGGCGAUGGAGACGGCGGAGACGGAGGGGGCCAAGAAGAGGAUAGAGGAGGAGAUGGAGAAGGCGGCGGGCGGAGGGAGAGAAGGAAUCGAGCGAGGCGAAGAGGUGGGAAGGGUGACGGUGCCGGUGGUGCGACUGAUGUACGGGGAGGUGGCGGAGGCGACGUCGGUGGUGCUGCUGCCGGUGUGCCGGGCGGGGGAGGGGGUGGCGGCGGCGCCGGGGGUGGCGGACAGGGGGAGGAGGGAGGUGGCGGAGGAGGCCGGCUUCUAUCUGGUGUCGGAGGGGGAGAAGGGGGAGUUAGGGGUGGUGAGGGGGGAUAAGCUAGUGGAGAAGGGGGUAAAGGAGGCGCUGGGGACGGUGGUGCUGGUGGUGAGGCCCCCCAAGGAGGAGGAGGAUGAUCAGUUGGCCGAUGAGGAUUGGGAGUGAGACUUCCAUCGCACGAAUUUUUGUUUUGUCCUUCUUUUCAUCGCCCGAAUAAAGUGCUUCAUCCCAAUUUGAUGUGGGAUUGCAGGGUAGACUGAAAAGAUAAGAUGGAUAGAAUGGUGGAUCGUUGGGGCUAGGAAUUUUGGAUUGAAGUUAGAAUACCAAUAUUUACUGGUUUCAAGAUGAAUCAUACGAUUUGGUUUGGUUUUUGAUGGGACUCUUUCUAAUUUUUCGUGGGCUUGGAGAAAGAAAAUAGCCAUUAUUGUAACACGAGAAAGAAUGAAGUUAAUUUGACUUGGCCAUUCCCUGUACUUUCAGUUUUUUAUAUUGCAAUUUUUUUCUUCUUUUCUUCUUUA